UCUCGGAGUUGGUUGAAUUUUCUCUUUUGCUGGCUGGCUCCGCUUCGGGGCUGGCGGCCUGCGGAACCUCCCCCCACCCCGUUCCCCGACCUCCAGCCUCCCUCCAGCAAGCCCGGGCGGGGAUGCUGAGCCGCCGGGCGGCCGAGGGACCCCUCCUGGCCCUCCCCUCCGGCUCCCCAGGGCCCCUUGGAGGAGGGCGGGGGGGUCUCCCUGAAUGAAGCAGCCCCCCCCCGGACACCCACUAGGGGCAAAGGCGAAGAGGGCAGGGCGGAGAAGAGGGAGGUCGCCUCUGCCGCCCCCUCCCCUCCUUCCACCGGGACCGACACCCGGGCUCGGCACUCCCCCCCCCCUCAACCCCCCCACCCACCCCGACCAUGGCGAAGGAGAGGAACAAGACGGCUCUGCUGGAAUUGCUGCAAAGCGAAGGGAACGGCGAGUGUGCCGAUUGCCAGGCCAGCGAUCCGGACUGGGCCUCCCACACGUUGGGGGUCUUCAUUUGCUUAAAUUGUUCGGGGAUCCAUCGCAACAUCCCCCAGAUCAGCAAGGUGAAAUCCGUCCGCAUGGAUGAAUGGGACUCGCCACAAAUUGAGUUUAUGGCUUCCACGGGGAACGCAUUCUCCAAAGUUAAAUACGAAUCCAAAAUCCCACCGUUUUAUUAUAAGCCAACUUUUUUGGACUGCCUGCUGUUACGAGAACAAUGGAUCAGGGCUAAAUACGAAAGGGAAGAAUUCAUUUUCACAGAGAAACAAGAGCCUUAUUCUGCAGGCUACCGGGAAGGUUAUCUCUGGAAGAGGGGACGUGACAACGGGCAGUUUCUGAGCAGAAGAUUUGUCCUUUCGGAAAGGGAAGGAGCCUUGAAGUACUACAACAGAAAUGAUGCCAAAGAGCCCAAAGCGAUUAUGAAAAUUGAGCAUCUCAACGCCACCUUCCAGCCCGAGAAAAUUGGAAACCCUCACGGGCUGCAGAUCACUUACUUGAAGGACAACAGCACAAGGAAUAUUUUUGUUUACCAUGAAGAUGGCAAGGAAAUGGUGGACUGGUUCAACGCCAUCCGUGCCGCCCGAUUUCAUUACUUGCAAGUGGCAUUCCCCGGAGCCAGCGAUAUUGAUCUGGUGCCAAAACUUUCCAGGAAUUAUCUGAAGGAAGGCUACAUGGAGAAAACUGGGCCGAAGCAAACAGAGGGGUUCAAAAAACGCUGGUUUACCAUGGAUGACAGAAGAUUAAUGUAUUUUAAGGAUCCUUUGGAUGCUUUUGCCAGGGGAGAGGUUUUUAUUGGGAGUAAAGAAAACAGCUACAAGGCCCUGGAAGGGCUCCCGCCGUCCAUCCAGGGGAAUCACUGGCAGUACGGAAUUACCAUCAUCACCCCUGACCGGAAGUUCCUCUUUGCCUGUGAGACCAAAAGCGAUCAGCUUGAGUGGAUCUCCGCUUUUCAAAAAGUGAUCAACAGGCCGAUGCUGCCACAGGAAUACGCAGUGGAAGCCCAUUUCAAGCAUAAACCCUAAGUGACGAUAUGAAGCAAGAUUGGCUUACGACUCGCAAGGACCUUGGUUUCGUUUUACGUUUUUGUUUGCGAGGCUAGCAAUGACCAAAAAGAGAAAAAAAAGAAGAAGAUAACUAGGAUUAUAUAAUUAGCAAAUCAUUUUAGACCACAAGAGGGGAGGUGCAAUUAAAAAGCGGGAGAGCUGCAGAAUCAUGGUGCUUAUCCGUCCAAAGGAGACCGAAACCACAGCCUUGCACUUUCCUGAGAACCUUGUUCUUGAACACUUAUGGGUGGACAACACACACUAGUCAAAGAAUUGUGUCUGAUGUUUUGGAAGAAUCCUGAUGCAACGUC